CUGCUUAGCGAACCUGCUUCAAAGAGGCAGGAGGCACGGAGCUUCAGAGCCAUGUUCAGGGCGGUUAUAGAGGAAUCAAACCCCAACAAAGAGUUGUAGUAGAGGGUGAACUACGAUGAUGGAUUUUGACGAAAGGGUCCCCGUCGGAUCGAACAUGUAUUUGCCCAGUUGCACGUAUUACGUAUCGGCGGGGGCUGAUUUCUCCGGUCUUCCCUCGUUUUUAUCCCAGACCCCGUCCACCCGCCCCAUGACAUACUCCUACUCCUCUAACCUGCCGCAGGUCCAACCAGUCAGAGAGGUGACGUUCAGGGACUAUGCAGCCAUUGACGCGUCCGGUAAAUGGCCGCACCGGGGGAACUUGCCUCAGUGCUACCCCAGCGCGGAGGACAUGGUUCACCGGGACUGUCUGUCGGCGCAAACUGCCGUCGUAGGGGACAUGUUCGGUAAAAACAGCCCCGCCGCCGCCGCGUACCACCACCACCACCACCAUGCCAGCGCCGGCUCCGCUGCCACCAAUUUCUACGGGAACGUGGGCAGAAAUGGCGUGCUGCCACAAGCCUUCGACCAGUUUUAUGAGACAGCGUACGGGAACGCGUCGGAGAGCUCCUCCACAAAUGGCUACUCAGGGGACAAAACCCCGACUAAGCAACCCAGCUCUGCGCCGGAGGACGCACCGUCAUGCCGGGAUACCGAAGCGAAGGAGCAACGGGAUGAGACGAGCAGCCCGGAGUUAUCUUCCGGCAACAAUGAGGAGAAAUCCAGCAGCAGCAAUGGACAGAGGACCCGCAAGAAAAGGUGUCCUUAUUCCAAAUAUCAGAUCAGAGAACUUGAAAGAGAAUUCUUUUUCAGUGUGUACAUUAACAAGGAGAAACGCAUGCAACUGUCUCGGAUGCUCAACCUCACCGACCGACAAGUGAAGAUUUGGUUUCAGAACCGCCGCAUGAAGGAGAAGAAACUGAACAGAGAUAGAUUACAAUAUUAUACGUCUAACCCUCUGCUUUAGGGGUCAAACACAGCACCGUCACAGCCUUCAAAGUCCUCUGCUGUGGGACUGACUGCGUUUACAGACUGGCUCUCCGGCUGUGACUCUCCCAGUGUACAUUGUGUACCACAAUGGCCGCGACAGCAGCAGCAACACUGCUCAAUGGUUAAUUUCAAGUUCGAGGACAACAGUACCCUGUGAUCUGAAUGAACUAACGAUUGAGCAUGAAUUAAGACAGUCUGUGGACUUUGAUUUCGCUCUUAAAACUCUGUUUUGGGAAAAAUGUAGAAACGGAUAUUUGUCCUCGCGAAGACUGUGCUUGCGAAGGCCCAUGUUAAUAUUAUUGUGACUCACAGACGCCUUGUUUAUUUUCCUUUCACACGGGCAAAAAAUAGCAGUCACUAAUUGACUGACCCAGUGUAUUUUGUAAUCAAAAGAUGUAUUUUAGCCUACUUGUUUUUCUGUUUUUAAAAUCAGAAAAGUGGUGGAUUUAGGAUCAUGACGACUUUAAUAACUGAAUCUAUAUUGGUGUGACCAAAUAAUGAGUCCGAACGGAUGAGAAUGUGAUGUGUUUGUUUUGUGUGCUUAUUUAUUUUGUAGCCACUCGUUUACUAUCUCCUUUUCAUGCCACGGGUAACCAAGUCAAAGUCCAUUAUUACAGGCAGGCUAUUGGGAUUCCGUGUUCAGUCUGGGCUGACCUCAAAACGAGCUUUUGUCGUCUUUCCUGUAGCCUGCAGAAUGAGGGCUGUACGUAUUUAUAUUUUGCGUAUCUUUCAAUACCUUAAUCCAUGUUGUCCCUUUUUGAUUUUUGGAGACUAUCAGUCUAGUAUUGAUAAUGCAGGCCAAACCAGAGAGAUAAGCUUAUCUACUGGAUCCGUGUGGAGUUGCACUGAGGUACACGCCCAACAUAUUCACACAGGUAUAUAUGCAGCGGGCCUCUUCGGUCUCAUAUUGAUACGCAUAACAGAAUAUUUUUCUCAUGACUCGUGAUCCUUUGGUACUUGCAGUCUAAAGAUAAAAAGCAACAUUUUCAAAUGUGCUGUCAGGGCAAGGCUGGUCAGGGUCAUCGCAGUGAAUCAAUUGCUUGGUAUGCCCAAACUAUUGUGUAUUAUACUAUAUUUCCAAAUAAAAAAACAAAUGAAAAGAUUAUUGAAGAAAAA